GGCGUCACUAGUAGGCGCCGUCGUCUCUGCCGUCGAAGUGGCCCCGGGGAGCCAGUGUUUCCCGAGUGGCCAUGAGCAAGCGGAACCAGGUGUCGUACGUGCGGCCAGCCGAGCCGGCGUUCCUGGCCCGCUUCAAGGAACAGGUCGGCUACAGGGAAGGACCCACCGUAGAGACCAAGAGAAUCCAGCCCCAGCUCCCAGAUGAAGAUGGUGACCACAGUGACAAAGAAGAUGAACAGCCCCAAGUGGUGGUUUUAAAAAAGGGAGACCUGUCAGCUGAAGAAGUCAUGAAAAUUAAAGAAGAAAUAAAGGCUGCCAAAGCAGAUGAAGAACCAGCUUCCGCUGAUGGAAGAAUCAUGUAUCGAAAACCAGUCAAGCGUUCCCCAGAUGAAAAAUAUUUAGGUUUAACAGCAAGCUCAAAAAAGAAGAAGACAAAUGAAGAUAAAAUAAACAAACAGGACUCGGUUAAAAAGAACUCACAAAAGCAAAUCAAAAACAGUAGCCUCCUUUCUUUUGACAGUGGAGAUGAAAAUUAGUAAGUGUAAACGUUUUGGACUUGGUCUUUAAGAGUAUAUGAAGUGUUUUUAAAAACAUUAUUUUUUCCUAUUAUAAAGAUAAUACAAGUUCAUCAUAGAAAAUACAGAAAAAAUUUAGUAGGAUAAACACUGUACACCUUUGAUUUGAAAUGCUAACUCUGUAGACGUUAACUACUAACAUGUUAUUUCCCAUGUGGGUGUGUAUGUAUGUAAGUUUUAUUUUUUUAACAAAAUUGAGAUUGUAUUAUGUAUGUUCUCUAUACUGCUUCUCACUUGACAUUAUAUUGUGAGCAUUUUUCCAGGUCAAUAAAAUUCCUGACAUUAAUAGCUACAGAAGAUUUUGUAAUUAAACAGAUCCCUGUUGUACUUCCUUAUGAGCAGAACCCCACUUUGGUUGGGGAAGACGAUCAUGUGUGUAGUUAAGAAUACUUCCCCAGCUCCUGCUAAGCGUAGUCGUAUGACAUCUCUGGCAAGCUAGGAGAUAUAAGUGGGUCUCGUACAAGUAAGGAUCUAAUUAAUACAAGUGAUCUUGACACAAGUUAGGAUCUAAUGUACAACUUGGUGAUUAUAGCUGAUAACACUAAAGAAAAGAGAUACAAGU